AUGUAUUACAUUAUUCCUGGAACAGUUAAUAGAAACUGCGUUUGUUUAAAUCUAUUUAGCGAAUGUAGAAACGGCAAGUGGUACUGCAAACCGGACCCAGAUUGUGUUCAACCACCUUGCCCUAUGGGAAUUCCUUUAAUUGGUGCUGAUGGGAGUCCCGUUAGUUGUGAUUCUUUUGAUAAGCAGUGUCCAUUUGGCUACCAUUGUUACACCCAUCCAACUGACUUGACAUCAGUGUGCUGUCCAAAUACAGAAUGUGUGGAUGGUGCAUGGACUGUCUGGUUCGAUAGAGAUGACCCAGGGACUACCGGAGAUUGGGAAACGACAUCACUUGCCAUCAAGUUGUAUGGUGAUAACAUGUGUACCGAUCCAUCGGCAAUACAAGUGCAGACUCUUGACGGUAUUCCUGCAGAAGAUACUGGUGAAAUAUUCUUGCAUUAUUCACCAGACAUUGGUUUUGUGUGUCGGAUGGCAGAUCAGCCAGAUAACACUUGCUUUGACUAUCAAGUGAGAUACUGCUGUCCAGUUGUGUCACCGUGUUCCGCGGGAUUUCCAUUAAUUGGUGAGGAUGGGUCUGAAGUGUACUGUGGUCGCGGUGGAGUUGAGUGUCCAUUUGGUUACCAUUGUGUUAUCCAUCCUGCUGAUGCUUUUGCUGUAUGUUGCCCAAAUACAGAAUGUGAAGACGGGGAAUGGACUAUCUGGUUCGAUAGAGAUAACCCAGGAACUACCGGGGACUGGGAAACGACUCAAGAUCUAAUAAAGCAAUUCGGAGAUCUAAUGUGUUCCAAUCCAUCGGCGAUACAAGUGCAGACCUUAGAUGGCAUUCCUGCUGCGGAUACUGGUGAAAUAUUCUCGCACUAUUCACCUGAAGUGGGAUUUGUUUGUCAGAUGGCAGAUCAACCAGAUAACACAUGUCUUGAUUAUGAAGUUAGAUUCUGCUGCCCAGCUAAUCCCCCAUGUGAUGGUGAAUGGUCACAAUGGUUCGACGAAGACAGUCCAGAAGAAGGGAUUGGCGAUUUAGAAACGCUAGCAACACUAUGUGAAAAUACGUGCGAACGACCCAGCGCAAUUCAAGCCCAGACUAUUGAUGGCAUACCAGCUGAAUUAACAGGCGAUGUGCUCCUCAGCAAUGAUAUCAUUAAUGGAUUUGCUUGUUUGAAUGAAGAACAGGACGAUGAGAAAUGUGAAGAUUAUAAAGUCAGAUUCUGUUGUCCUGAACAGCCAGAUUGUGACAAGUGGACAAAAUGGUUUAACACCGAUGAACCAUGUGAAGGUUCAGAUGCAGAUCGUGAAAUCACUGCCGUAAUCCAAGAUGAAUAUCCAAAUGAAAUGUGUAAAAAUCCGUUAUUCAUCCAAGUUGUUGUCGCCGCCACUGAACAACCUUCAUCAAGCACGGGGCAGGUAUUCCUACAUCACGAUGUCGAUCCUGGAUUUGUUUGUCUUGACAAAGAUCAGCCAGCUGGUGACCAAUGUCAUGAUUACAAAGUUCGAUACUGUUGUGAUGAACAACCUGAUAAACCCGGACAAUGCCCAAUGGUACCAUCUAUCGACGCUGUCCGUCCAAAGGGUUACUGCUACUAUGAAUGUCAAGAUGAUACCGAUUGCCAGGGGAAGAAAAAAUGCUGUGCUUCUGGAAUAUGUGGCACCAUUUGUAUGGAUCCUGUGUUCCCAUGUUUCCAUGAGGGCGUGAUUUACCAGGAGGGCGAUGAAAGGAAAGAAGACUGCAAUACCUGGUAGGUUAUUAGUGA